AUGAAACUGUCAAAGCGCCUCGCGGCCUUCUGGGCUCUAAAUUUGUCUCCCCUUCCAAGCGUGCUGGCGGCUUCAACUUGCAGUCAACUAUCCGGCAGCAUUUACACUGGUUACAACGGCAACGGAUUCGAUAUUCUAUGCGAUACUUCUACAGUCAAUGGGAAUAUUUUUGCCUACUAUUCUGAAGGAGAGCAGUUCCAGGAUUGCGUGGAUCGAUGCGAUGUUGUCCCCAGUUGUAUUGUUGCAUUGUAUUUAGACGGGAGCGGCGACUGUGCUUUAAUCAACAACUAUCAGGGGACUAGGUCGUUUAGUGGGAACGAUAUUGCUAUCAAAAGAGCAGUCGAAAGUUCAACUUCAGCAUCAUCUGAGGCUACAUCGACGGAGGCUACUACAUCAGAAGCUGCCACAUCAUCAGAAGCUGCUACUACAGAGGCUACAUCAACGGAGGCUACUUCGACAGAAGGUACUACAUCGGAACCUGCUACUACAUCAGAGGCUGCAAGUACAGAAGCUACGUCAACCGAAGCCACUACAUCAGAAGCUACUACAUCAGAGAUAUCAACAACAUCAGAGACAUUGUCAGUAUCUUUAUCAUCUAUGUCAUCAGAAGAUACAGCAUCAGGAUCAUCAUCUACAUCAGAGCCUUUACCAGAUUCUACAGCAUCAUCAACAACAUCGGUGCCGUCGUCGUCAUUAGAAUCUAUAUCAGAGACCUCGACCUCUGCAGAGUCUACUGCAGCUACUACAGCUACUACUAAUUCAUUUUCCACCGGUACCGCCAGUAUCGAAACAUCAACUGAUGACUGCGACGAUGAGACGUCAUCCCUUGAGACUCUAGCUACUGUGACCACAUCUACAGUAACAGGAUCCGAGAUACAAUCCACGAUCCUAUCCACCGACAGCCACAGUUCCUCCAUUACAACCAAUCAACCAUCAGAGGUUUCCACUUCUGCUCUCCCAGCUACUUCAACUAUUUCAUCACAAUCUUCUUUGACGACGACACCAAACCAGGCUUCUACAUCAACAUCUCUCCCAAGCUCUGUUACAAGCCAAGCAGGUUCCUCUCCGCCUGCGUCUUCAAGGGCUACAGUAACUCAGACUUAUACAACCUAUAGCCAGGUAGCCUCCUCGUCCGGUUCUUCGUCUUCCGACACCACAGAAGUUGGCUCCAAGACACUUUCGACCUCUGGUGCCACUAUCAUAAAAACAACAUCUGAGAGUCAUCUGCCAACCUCUUACCCUACCACUGACAGCGUCUGGACUGUUUACCUGACUUUAGUCAAGUAUGUCACCUGCACCACUGGUGUAGUUGCCGAGACAGUAACUACUGCCACAUAUGUCACUGUUGACAGUAACGGUGGGAGCUAUGGACCUCCAGUGGUUACAAUGCCUGAUGGUUGUAUUGGGGGUUAUCAGGUAGAUGCUAGCGGUCAUAGUUAUCCUAUUGCACAACCUACAAAAGGAUCACAUGUCAAUUCUCCAGACGGCGAGAAUAGCCAGCCAUCUGUUCGACCUACACUGGGAUCACCAGGCAACUCUCCAUCUGGCUAUGAGACCGGCCAGCUUCAUAUUCCUACGCCAGCUGCAGAAUCACAAGGAAACUUUCAACCAGAACAAGGCAAUAAGCAGCCUUCUGUUGCAGGUCAAGGCUCAUCAAAGCCCAACAAUAGCGAGCCUCAACCAACACAAGGUGAUGCUACCCAGACAGCUAUCUCCGCAUACCAAUCUGGUACCCUAGUGAAUCCUUUACUGUCAUCGUCUAUUCGUCAGGGUCAGCAAGGUAUCUCAACGACCUUUGCUACCGAAGCAAGUGUUACCGAAGAGAUGCAGGCACCCAAGUCCACACACAAUCAUUUAUCGGAAGCUGAAGAGGCACCAUCUGCACCAGUCACUAUUUCAGGAGCCAACAGACAUCAGUGCAUGGUUUGGACAUUGGUCGCUGGAGCCUUCCUUGGGUUAGGAAUGUUGUUUUAGUUAUAUGGACUGCUUGAAGUAGAUAAAAGGCAUGUAAAUAACAUAGACCGUCAAUACACAAUCCCCUUGGAACAAGA